AUGGAUCUCUUUAGGCGAGCCGUAAAGGCCAUCCCGUCGACAUCGCCUCAACUGCCCACCGCCGACGAGAAGCCCACCACGAAACAUGCUCGCCAAAACAGGCUCACCUCGCGCCUCGCCUUCUUCAGAAGACCGCUGCGCCUGCGAGGCAACUCGAGCAUUUCGGUGCCUCUGGGCGUCGUCAUUCUCUUCCCUCUGAUCGUCGUCAUCCUUAUCCUCGUCCUGUUCGUCAGACACCCCAGCUCUCCUGGCAGGAUAUUGAUGCCCGCCGGCGCUCCUCCGGCCAUCAGGAAAAUCAGUGAAGAGCACGACAAGGUCUUCGUCACCGGAUGUCUCCAGCCCGAUACGAGCAGACCCAAGGCCAACGGCGCUUUCGUCGUCCUGGCUCGCAACAAGGAGUUGGACGGUGUCAUCCAGUCCAUCAAGUCCAUCGAGCGUCACUUCAACCGCUGGUACCACUACCCCUAUGUUUUCCUCAACGACGGCGACUUCAACGAGACCUUCAAGGAGGUCGUCACCAACUACACCUCGGCUCCUGUCGAAUUUGGCAAGGUCGGCCCCGAGAUGUGGGGUUACCCUGACUGGAUUGACCACAAGGUCGCCAAGGAGGGUAUCGCCAAGCAGGGCGACGCCGCUGUCAUGUACGGUGGCCUAGAGAGCUACCACGCCAUGUGCCGUUUCUACUCUGGAUUCUUCUACAAGCACGAGCUCCUCCAGAAGUACGAGUGGUACUGGCGUCUGGAGCCCGAGAUCAAGUACUUCUGCGACAUCACCUACGACCCUUUCUGGGCCAUGAUUGACGCCAACAAGACCUACGGCUUUACCAUUGCUGUCAAGGAGCUCCGCGAGACGGUCCCCAACAUCUUCCGAUAUGCCUCUGCCUACAAGCGCCUCAAGGGUCUCAAGUCCAAGGGCCUGUGGGAGAUGUUCGUUGACCCCGUCCCCGAGAAGAAGGAGGAGCCGACCGAUCAGACGCCCCUUCCCGAGGAAGUUCUGCGCAGCGACCCUAACCGCAACACGUUGCCCGAGAUCGAUCCUGAGGCCAUGGAGGGCGAAUCGUACAACAUGUGCCAUUUCUGGUCCAACUUUGAGAUUGCCAGCUUGAAGUGGUUCCGCAGCAAGGAAUACGAGGACUUUUUCGAGAUGAUGGACCGUAGCGGAGGUUUCUGGAUGGAACGCUGGGGUGACGCCCCCAUCCACUCCUUGGCAGCCGGCGCACUUCUGUCUCCCAAGGACAUCCACUACUUCCGAGACUUCGGCUACCGACACACGACCAUCCAGCACUGCCCCGCCAACGCCCCGGCCCGACAGCUCCCCAGAGAACCCUACCUCGAGAAGACGACGCUCGACGACAAGAAGCGAUUCGAGGAAGACGACUACUGGGAGCACUGGGACUCGGAGAAGGAGAACGGUGUUGGAUGCCGCUGCAGAUGCGACACUGACAUUGUUGACGUCGAGGGCAAGGAAGGAUCCUGCCUCGCGGAAUGGGUUGAUGUCGCCGGCGGAUGGGCCAGCCCGUAA